CAUGCUGGAGUUCAUUGUCAAGUUUAUAAUAAUAUACAACGGUGAAGAUUGUACCCUGAUUGUUAUUCCAGUGGAAUGAUUGGAUAGCGUUCUGAGCAACGAAGGCGUAGUUUUCUGCGAAAUCCAUUUGAAUCAAGAAUUCUCCUUCCUCCAAAUUCUGUUUCCUAUGAUCCACGUAUUUAGAUUGCUGUUUGGUGAUGAAAUCGUGUGUUUUGACUUUCACAGUUUUUUCACACAAGCUUUUAAUGAAUGCAUCACUGGACAAUACAUUCACUGCCAUCGCUGCCCGAUCCGUCUCAGUCCAUGAGUGAUAUUCUACUCGCUCAAUGUCAUUCUCAUCGAACGUUUGUUGGAGAAAUUUUUCAAGAACCUCCGAGUCAGGACACUGUAAGCGUUCUCCCAGGUGACAAUCAGGUGGUGCGUGGGUGCAGGCAGACGAUGACAGAAAUGUGCAGAAGGAGACAGAUGAGAAUUACUGGGAAACGGAUGUUGAGCCAGAGAACCCAAUCUCUAGGACUGCUAGAGUCAUGGGGAAACAGAUGAGAGAAAUUAAGCAAAAGGCUCUUUUCUGGAAGGAACCAAAGAAUGUUGACUUUGACGAAUGGGAUAUUGAUUCAACGUACUAUCCUAGUCACGUUGAUGUCGUUGUCAUUGGAGGCGGUGCGAUUGGGAGCUCAAUUGCUUAUUGGUUGAAGAAAAUGUCGAAUGGAGGAUUAAGCGUCGUUGUUAUUGAGAAGGACCCAACGUACUGCAAGGCCUCCACAGUAUUGUCUGCAGGUGGGCUUCGUCAACAAUUUUCCCUCGAAGAAAAUAUAGAAAUGUCCUUGUAUGGAGCUGAAUUCCUCCGCACAAUAAAUGAACAUUUACAUGUAGAAAAUGAACCACCAGUGGAUGUUCAGUUCCAUCCAUAUGGAUAUCUAUCGCUCGCCUCUGAAGAUGGAGCAGAAGACCUCACAAAAAACUCCAAACUUCAAAAUUUGAAAGGAGCUAAAAACAUCCUUUUAACCGCUGAAAAAAUUAAACAACGAUUUCCCUGGAUGAAUACUGAGGGAGUUGCGCUGGGAUGUUUAGGCCUUGAAAAGGAAGGCUGGUUCGAUCCGUGGUCUCUUCUUUCCGCUUUUAAGAAGAAAGCAGUGAAUCUGGGCACUGAGUAUGUCAAUGCUGAGGUUAAAGGCUUUAUUUUCAGAAAAGACGAGCAAGUUAUUGUAUCAGGAACAGGAUACGAACGGUAUCAGGGUCUCAAUCAUGUCGUAGUGAAGACUGAAAAUGAUGAGAAGAAAGUUAUACAGUUCGCACUUUGUGUAAUUGCUGCUGGAGCUCACAGCGGAGAAGUUGCGAGGCUGGCUAAGGUUGGAUGUGGACCGGGAUUACUCACUGUACCUCUCCCCGUCGAACCUAGAAAACGGUACGUGUAUCAUUUCCAUGCAUCAGCGGGUCCAGGGAUAAACACUCCGAUGACAAUUGACUAUUCUGGAACCUGGUUCAGACGAGACGGUCUUGCCAACCACUAUAUAUGUGGUCGAUCACCAAAUUGUGAUGUAAACGAGCCCUCCAUCAACAAUCUAGAUGUGGAUGAAGAUUUUUUCGAGAAAAAUAUAUGGCCCUUCCUUGGAAAUCGAGUGAAAUCCUUCGAGAAUUUGAAAAUUAAGUCCUCCUGGGCGGGUUACUAUGACGUCAACAAAUUCGACGAGAAUGGAAUAAUUGGUCCACACCCUUUUUUCAAUAACAUGUACUUCGCCUGCGGAUUCAGUGGACAUGGAAUUCAACAGGCACCCGCUGUUGGGCGAGCUAUAGCUGAGUUGGUUGUUUAUUCGGAAUUUAGGACACUAGAUUUAGAUAGAUUAGCUUUUGAUAGGCUCAUCACGCUUGAACCUAUGCAAGAAGUCAAUAUUAUUUAACCCCUUAAACCUAGCGUCCAUACCACAUAUGGACCCACACGUCCAUACAUGUCUUUUUUCAAAAUUGAAUAUAUCCAAAAAUAUACAACUUUACAAAUUUGUGUAAACUCUAUUGUGAAGACAAAUCGCCUGCAUUUGAUUACUCCUAUAUUAUAUCUUUUUUGGACUACUGGAAAUUUGUGAAUUGCGUUCCUAUUUAGCACACGGCGAGAUUAGUAUCUAAAGGGCACCGUCCUGGAGGGAUUAAUGAUUAUAUUUCAGUUUUGUAAACAUGAAUUUAAUUAGCUUAAAUAAACCAGUUGUUUUUGUUGA